GUUGGGUGCCAACAGGGCUCUUUCUCCCAGUAUUCACCAUUGGAGCGGUAUGGGGUCGUCUCUAUGGGCUUUUAGUACACGAACUGUUAGCCCAAAGCUACGCCUUCGCACCGCCUGCUGUGUACGCUCUAGUAGGCGCAAUAUGUCUCACAGCUGGAGUUACUCGGACCAUCUCGGUGGCUGUUAUUGCAUUUGAGCUCACUGGGCACAUCCACCAGAUGUCUGUUAUCGUCAUAAGUACAGUAGUAGCAUAUGCAGUAGCAGCGUUAUUUACUACCUCGAUCUAUGAUGUCCUUCUCCACUUGAAGGGGCUUCCAUACGUACCACAUUUGC